UAAAUAGCAGCUCACUUUGAUUUCCUCGCAGCAACUUCCAACAUUCUGCAGUUUGGUUGGGCGGACUUGAGCCAAGGUAACAACCUGUUCAGACCUUGUGUGCACAGUAAUGAGCGCACGCUUCCGAUUGCCCGCCGGCAGAAACUACAAUGUCCGCGCAUCGGAGCUGGCACGGGAUGGGCUGCACGCUGAGGUGCUGUGUAACGUUCUCCUCCUGGACAACACUGUGCAGGCCUUCAAAGUCAACAAGCACGAUCAGGGACAGGUCCUGCUGGAUCUAGUGUUCAAGCACCUCGAGCUGACGGAGCGCGAUUACUUCGGCCUCCAGCUGGCUGACGACACCUCCGACAGCCAGAGGUGGCUGGAUCCAAACAAGCCUAUCAGGAAGCAAUUAAAAAGAGGGUCUCCGCAUAGUUUGAAUUUCAGGGUCAAGUUUUUUGUCAGUGACCCAAGCAAACUUCAAGAAGAGUAUACAAGGUACCUGUACUUUCUGCAGCUCAAGCAGGACAUCCUCAGUGGAAGGUUGCCCUGUCCUCACAAUACUGCCGCACUCCUAGCCACUUAUACUGUGCAGUCUGAGCUGGGAGAUUACAACCACUCUGAGCACUUGCCUGGCUACCUCUCGGAAUACAGUUUCAUUCCCAGUCCCCCUCAGGACUUUGAGAAAGAGAUCACCAAGCUGCACCAGCAGCACAAUGGACUGUCUCCUGCAGAGGCGGAGUUUAAUUACCUGAACACGGCGCGGACACUGGAGCUGUACGGGGUGGAAUUGCACUAUGCAAGGGAUCAAAGUAACACUGACAUUUUAAUUGGGGUGAUGUCCGCUGGGAUUGCCAUUCACAAGAACAGGGUACGAAUCAACUACUUUCCAUGGUUGAAGAUUGUAAAAAUAUCUUUUAAAUGUAAACAGUUUUUUAUUCAACUCAGAAGAGAACCGAGCGAGAGUAGAGAGACACUGCUGGGCUUCAACAUGGUGAACUACCGCGCCUGCAAGAACCUGUGGAAGGCCUGCGUGGAGCACCACACCUUCUUCCGCCUGGACCAGCCUGUGCCCCCGCAGAAGAACUUCUUUGCACAUUACUUCUCCCUGGGCUCCAAGUUCCGCUACUGUGGGAGGACGGAGGCACAGUCGGUCCAGUAUGGGAAAGACAAGGGCAUCAAGAACCGUGUGUUUGCCAGGUCUCCCAGCAAGCCCCAGGUGCGGAAGCUGAUGAGUGGGAUGGAUUGGGACACGGUGAGCCGGACGUCGCUCUCAGACGACCGUCUGGAGACCCAGAGUCUGCCCACGCGUUCGCCCCCCGGCACGCCAAACCAGAACUCCAUGUUUGCACAAGAGGGCACGCGAGUGCGUCCAUCCUCCGUGGGCCACCUGGUGGAUCACGUGAUACACCACUCCCCCAGCCAGAACUUCACCAAUCACAAGUCGGCCUCCUCCACGCAGGCCAAUAGCAUCAGCCUAGACUCCAGCCCGUGAGUAAAGCCCGCCCCC